AUGACUCAUCUUCGAAUGGUUACCUUUGCAUUAGUUCUUUUGAUUAUUGUACACUUUGCUGUAGCUCGAACAAGAGAUUUAGGUGCAAUUUCUACUCAUCAGAAAAGAUUUCUUGGUUGUGCUGUAUUUGGCAAAAGGUGCUUAGGCCUAUUCGGUAAAUCGUGUUGUGGGGAUUUAGUUUGUAAUACUACAUCGGGAAAAUGCGUACGCAAAGGUUCAUCAACUUCGUGGCUACACGAUCGAAAUGGAAGAUAA